AUGCUCAACAAGCUGCACGGCCAGCCCGACAGCUAUGACCGCAAAUCUCGAUACCGCUUCGGAAAGACACUGGGCGCCGGCACAUAUGGCAUCGUCCGUGAGGCCGACUGCCCCGAGGGCAAGGUCGCUGUCAAAAUCAUUCUGAAGAAGAACGUAAAAGGCAAUGAGCAGAUGGUGUACGACGAGCUGGAGAUGUUGCAGCGCAUGAAACACCCACAUAUUGUCAAGUUCCACGACUGGUUCGAGUCAAGGGACAAGUACUACAUUGUGACUCAACUGGCAACCGGCGGAGAGCUGUUCGACCGCAUUUGCGAGAAGGGAAAGUUCACUGAGAAAGACGCCGCCGAGACGAUCAGACAGGUCCUUGAGGCAGUCAACUACCUCCACGAGAACAACGUUGUGCACAGAGAUCUCAAGCCCGAGAAUCUUCUCUACCUCACACGCGACGCUCACUCAUCACUCGUGCUGGCCGACUUUGGUAUCGCCAAGAUGCUCGACUCCAAGAGCGAAGUCCUCACUACAAUGGCUGGAUCCUUCGGAUAUGCUGCACCUGAGGUUAUGCUGAAGAAAGGGCACGGAAAGCCUGUCGACAUGUGGUCGAUGGGAGUCAUCACUUACACACUUCUCUGCGGUUACUCUCCAUUCCGAUCAGAGAACCUGGCCGAUCUUAUCGAGGAGUGCAAGAACGGACGUGUCGUCUUCCACGAGCGAUACUGGAAGGAGGUCAGCAAGGAAGCCAAGGAGUUCAUCACGUUGCUACUACAGCCAGACCCAAACAAGCGACCUACGAGCAAGGUAAGCGGCGCGACGGCUAGUGACCACAACUUGCUGCCUGAGAUUCGCGCGUAUGUUGCAAAGGCCCGUCUCAAGCGCGGUAUCGAGCUUGUCAAGCUUGCGAACCGCAUCGAAGCGCUCAAGAUGCAAGAGGACGAAGAGGAGGACGCUCCAGAAGAAACUCCUGAUGCUGGCACUGGAAAGGGACCCGGACGUCUAAGCAGGAUCGCAAAGGGAGCCAUCUUCCGAGAAGUGGUUUUGGCCAAAGUACGAGAAAUGAAGGAGGCAGAGGCAAGGGCCGAGUUCGAGAAGAAGGCCACCGAGAGCGGAACCAAGAAGGCUUGA